AAUAAGGCCUAAUUAAUUGAGGCCCCAAGAAAUGAGUAUAAUAUUUGGAGUGAACCGUGAGUGUGUGUAUCUAGAUUUAUAUAUAUAUGAGCACAACACAUGAUUAAGAUUCCCUUUCCACUUACUCCUCUCCACUCAUUACUACCUCCACUGCUCCUCCGUCGUCGCCGCCCUCCACCUUUAAUUCAUCCACCCAACUUUGGGGGAGGAGCAGCUGCACCACCACCUCUUACUUUACUAUUAUUACCCAUUUCAUUUCAUUGCUCUACAAAUUAAAUGGCUUCUUACUUCAAGAUUCUCUUGAUCAGUCUUCUCAUCCACAUCUCCCAAGGCAAAGGAGUUAAAGGUGCAACAUUCACAUUUGUAAACAAAUGUUCCCAAACCAUUUGGCCAGCAAUUUUAGGAAGCCCAGUGCUAGAGACCACAGGAUUCGAGCUCCCGAAAUCCGGCUCGCGCGCCUUCCAGGCCCCGACCGGCUGGUCCGGCCGCUUUUGGGGCCGGACCGGCUGCACCUUCGAUGAAUCGGGGCACGGCUCCUGCGCCACCGGCGACUGCGGCUCCGGGCAACUGGAGUGCAACGGCGCCGGCGCUACCGCCGCCACGCUGGCGGAGUUCACCCUGGGGUCCGGCUCCAUGGACUUCUACGACGUGAGCCUGGUGGACGGCUACAACCUGCCCAUGCUGAUCGAGGUGAGCGGCGGAUCGGGACAGUGCGCCUCCACCGGCUGCGUGGAGGACCUCAACCAGAGGUGCCCCUCCGAGCUGAGGACAGAGAACGGCGGCGCGUGCCGGAGCGCGUGCGACGCGUUCAACACUCCCGAGUACUGCUGCAAGGGCGAGUACGGGUCGCCUGCGACGUGCAAGCCGUCCAUGUACUCGCAGGCCUUCAAGAGCGCGUGCCCUAAAUCCUACAGCUACGCUUACGACGACGCCACCAGCACCUUCACCUGCACAGCAGCCGAUUACGUCAUCACCUUCUGCCCCUCCCAUCCUAGCCAAAAAUCAUCUAGUUCCGGGUCGGGUUCGGAAGCAGAAUCCGAUACAGAUACCGGGUCGGCAAGUGCAGGAUCCGGGUCGGUUCAGGAGGCGAUUUUGGCAGAUGGGUCAUGGUUAGCAGAUUUGGCAACAGGGGACUCCACUACAAGACUCUCUCCUAGUGCCACAGUACAAGCAUUACUGGCACUCACUGUUGUACAUCUCGCUGCUUCACUUGUACAUUUUCAAUUGUAACAUUUUUUUAGUUCGAUUCGUUUCCAGAAGCUUACGUUAGAGAAAUAACCCGAAAAAGAGGUUUACGUGAAAAUUCAUGUCUUAAUAAAUAAUUGAUUCAUGUGACAA